AUGGGACGCUGCCUUGCGAUCAGUGAAUUCGCAGUUUCUGGCUCGAGUUUUUGUGGACUUUUGGUCACCUUUGCAUUCGUUGCCGCGAUGGGGGCAGUUGCUUCUCGCAUUUGCAACCCUGCUGGCGAAACGCCAGCACCGGCUCCAGCACCCCCCAAAGCCGCAUGCUCCAUUGCAGGUUAUGAGUUCGAGCCGGUCAAGCCCAUGCACGAACGGGAGGUCUCGGUUGGCUUGCCGGAGGACUCGCCGACUCGAAGCACCACAGCUGCAUCCGAGUGCGUGGAGGACAAGCAUGCAAGCAUCUCGGCCGACUUGAAGGAGCCGGAAGAGAUUCCGGAGCCGAAGCCGGCUCCAACUACCCCGAUUGUGCUGGAAACGCUGCAGGGUGAUUGGGUGAACAGCAUGGGUGCCAAGAUUCACGUCGAGGGCACUCAGGUUUCUUUGAACGGGCUGGUCAUGAAGGCACAUCCAAUCAUGCUGAACGAGAACGGCACUGUCAGCAGUGUGGGACGCCUUUGGCAACUCAAUGGAUGGUUGGAGGAUGAGAAGGUUGAGUUCAAGGAAGCUCCAAGCAAGGAAGUGAUGCAGUAUGCCCGGUCCGUUGUUUGGAGCAAGGUUUCUUCAGAGCGCAUGGAAGCCUGGACGAAGCAGAUGAAGGCCAUGGGCUAUGCAGGCUCCUCAAACAACCCCCUCGCACGUGGAGUCGAGGGCUGCUGUCCGGGCACAUCUGAUGCGCAUGCAAAGCUGGUCGUGGAUGACGAAAACAAGGACAAGGCAGAACUGAAGCUGCUGAAUGACCUGAUCGCGAAGUGGAGAGUGCCAGGUGUGAUCAAGGUGGCCCCCCGGAAGGUGAUUCCGGACUUCAGCAACCGAGGCCACACUGGUCUCAGCGUGGAGCACGUGCACUAUCUCGCGACCAGUUUCAAAGAGAAGGGCUUCCAAAAGCGAAAAGGCAACGAGGGUCAUGACAUCCCUGUCCUUGUGUGCGAGAAAACCAGCAGCGAGCUUGGACAGAAGUCCAUUGAGAACUGGAGGUCGAAGCUCAAUGAUGAGAAGGGCUUUGCUCCACAGGAGCACUACGAGCGACUCUUCAGGGGAGAGGAGCUGUACACCUCUCUCGGCAAUGGGCACUUCAACCAGGCUCUGAACCUUUUCUUCCGGGAAUGCCCCAGCAUCUACAGCCAAGAGAAGUACACUAUUGGCCAGGACCGUGAUCUGAAGGAGGCUGUCUACCAGGGUGUGGGUGCAAUCGUGCUGAAGGCUGAGAUCCCCUUGAGAGAUCGUGAGACUAUCAGCAAGCUCCUGAACUCGAAACGUGAGUUUAAGUGGAAUGUUCAUCCGGAUGGAACCCUCGACAUCACGGACGCUUUCGAAGACACGCGCACCUGCAAGCAGUUCGAGGCCCUCAGCAAGGUGCUCGAUGCAGUGGAACUGAACUGCUUGGUGAGAUCUGAGCUGGGUGUACGGGACAGCCAUCGCACUGAUUGUGUAGCUCUGCUUCUAUCCGUCGCCAUGAUCCGCUACACGAAGGGCGCCUUUCUGAACCUCUUCUACUGGUGGGGCGGCAUCAACCGCCACCUGGUAAUAAACUCCGUUUACUACUUAAUCUUCCUGCUGAUCUUGUACUAUGUGCAGAGCAGGUAUCCAGUCACACAGGUCGACUCUUCCAGCAGCGGUAUAUCGAUGCUGGGCAGUCUCACGGUGUUUCUGCUUGUGUUCCGCAUGAACCAGUCCAUGGCUCGAAACAACGAAGCCACGCAGCGAACAGACGAGAUGUUCGGAGAGCUGGACUUCUUAGUUCACUCUGUCUGCACAUUCAUGCAAGGUGCUGGCGAAGAUUCGCUCCAAGAAUUGGUCAUGAAUCCAGCACGAAAGCGCACCGAAGAGGAGAUCCGUGUCAUGCGCCUGCACGGGGAACUUGCCUCGGCGGUUCGGAUCCAUGUGGUGAGGCUGACGAUCGCCUUUGGCGUGAGUGUUCUUUUGUACUUCCGUGUGCUCUGCGCCCUCUCGGAUGCACAAGGAGUACUGGAAGAAGAGGAUUUGGUGCAGAUCGUUUUUCUGCACUGUCGCCUGCAGGCCUUGUUGUAUGAGGAGGAGAUGGAGGUUGUAGAUCAGUACGUGGGGAUCACUCGCGAGACAGAUGGAAGCUACGAUGGCGAAGCUGAGUACAGAGCUGAGGUUGGGCGGUUCCGGAUCGCCAGCCACUCUGCCGGGCUGCUGCCAAAGACUGAGUUCUUCUUCCAUGCCGGCGUGCCAGCCGUCUGUGUUAUGGUGACUGCAUGGCCGCUCCAGAUUGUAAAGAGUGCUUUCUUUCGAGAUGUGUUCUCGCAGUGGCAGAAACGGCUAUUCAAGCGAUGCGAAUCUGUCGUAGUGAACGCUGCCGCCGCAGCCAUGUUUGACUUCGAUGCGCUGGAGCAUUCGGAGGCGAGUGCGCAGCCUGUGACUUUCUCUCAAGCCGAUUCCGGCGACCUUUUCACAGAGGGCUUGAACUUCCCUGUCGGAUCACUUCUCAAGUCGGUCGCUCCUGUGAGAAUGCGUACAGAGAAGAAUCUUGACAGCCGUUUGGUUUGCACGAUCCAGCCGGGACGGAUCGCUGAAGUGAAGGCUUGCUCCGGGCGCAGGCUGUUCAUCAUCUGUGGCGAGCAGGAGGGUUGGGUGUCCGCUAUGGCGCUGGAUGCAACCAUCCUCUGGCAGCAGGAGAACGGCAACAGCUGGGAUCAGACUGAAGACCUUCGACAGACGCUCCGUGUGAGGCCGUUCCGAGAAGUUGAUCGUCCGUUUCUCCAGCGUAUCGAGGCACAGUGCUUUGGGCUGCGCGAUCAGUCCUUGCAUCUGUGGCUGAUGGAAGCUGCAGCACCUGGUUCCCGCACGUGCGUCGAUGUUGCCGUUGUCGACUCUGCGGUGGCGGGCUACUGUGCUUGGCGCCUCGAGGGUGAUCUGCACUCCCCGGUGCUCUACGUCCUCAGCUUGGCGGUGGAGGCAACCCAGCGCAGGCGGGGCUACGCCGAGGAGUUGCUUCGCCAUGCAAUAAAGCGCGGCGAGAGCAGCGGUGCGGCUGCUGCGACUUUGCAUGUGCGUGUCGACAACAAGCCGGCCAACUCUUUGUACUCUCGCUUAGGCUUUGUUCUUGUUGCUCACGUUCACGACUACUACGGGAACUGCGAUGCUUGGGAGCUGUUGAGGGAGCUACCUGCCAUGGUGAAGCGCACCGUGGAUCACACACGGGUGCUGAAGCUGCGUGCUGAAGGCUUUCCUCAAAUCUGCGUACUCCGGAUGCUGCAGUGGACGCACAACAGUGAGGCCAUGGCCGCCCUGCUGGCAGCUGGUGAGGUGCCUAUCGUGGACUGCCAGGACUGUGGCUUCGUUCCGCAGACCUGUGACAUCGUUCCGGCACUACCAAAGGUGAUCCUGAGCAUGCUGACGGAGGUUUGCCAUACCCCCAUUGCGCAGAAAUGGGGUUACCCCGAGCGGGUUCUGAACUUGAUAGCCGACAUCACGGCGGAUGCUUUGGACCAGCUGACGCACCUGGGGGGUCUGAUUAUGCGGCCGGUCUCGCUGGCAUACUAUCAGCAUUGCCGCGUGAUUGUCGCGCUCUUCACCUUCAUGUGGCCAAUGGUGCACAAGAGGAGUUCAGACUUUGUUGGCAAUAUUUUCGACGCCAUCGUGUUCCCUUGCGUGGUCUACUGGGCCAUGUCCGGCCUCGAGAGGCUCGCAGAAAUGAUGGAGAACCCUGUGGGUGAUGACGACACGGACAUCGAUAUGAUGCAGCAGAUGCAUGAGCUUGAGGUUGGACUGCAGCUGUCCUUUGAGAUGUCAGAGGUCCGCCGCAGCGUGAUGAGGAGGAUGCCAAUGCGCAAUGCCGUCCGUUUUGCUCAGCCGGUCGAGCUCGCGUUUGCUCCCUGA